AUGCCACGUCCCCCCUGCCCCCUGGCUUCCCCCCGCUCCACCCCGCGGCCAGAGCGCGCCAUAGCAAAGGGGGAGGAGGUCCUGCACACAUACGGCGACCUGUCAGACGCGCAGCUGCUGCAAACCUAUGGCUUCCUCGAGCAGCUGCCCGGCGGCUGCUCUGCCAACCCACACAACUACGCGCUGCUGCCCUACCGGCUCCUGCUGGACGGCGCCCGCCGCACGCUCGGCGGCGCGGAGGCCGCCGCCGUCGUCGGCGGGGCGCUGCUGCGUAAGAAAGAGUCGCUGCUGGGCGCCGCGGGGCUGUUGCAGGCAGCUGCGCCUGGGGAGACCGAGUUCGUGGCCACGGCGGCGGAGCCUCUGAGCGAUGAGCUGCUGACCACCGUGCAGGUCCUGCUGAUGACGUCAGAGGAGUUUGAGCAGCUGGGGUCUGAGCAGAACGAGGCAGCCGCCGCCACCGACGCCGGCACAGGCGGCGGCGGCGGAGGCGGCGGCGAGGGGCAAGCCAACGGCGGCGGCUCCGACGAGCCGGCGCCGCGGCGGCCGCGGCAGCGGCUGUCGCUGGGUCGGGACCUGCUGCAGGGGGAUUUCGGGGAGAUGGUCGGGUCGACGGUCCUGCAGGCGUGCGGACUCGCCCAGAAGCGGUACCCCGCGGCCGCCGCCGCGGCAGCCGCCGGCGCCGCGCCCGGGUCGCACGCGUGGUCGGCGGCGCGCGUGGUGGAAGGCGAGAAGGCGGUGCUGACCGCGGUCAAACGGGCGGCGCUCAUGGUGAUGGCGGAGGCGGCGGGGGACGGCGAGGAGGAGGAGGGGGAAGAUGAGGGGGAGGAGGAGGGGGAGGAGGAGGACAGCGGGUCGGAGGACGAGGAGGACAGCAGCGGCGAGGGGGAGGGCGAGGAGGAAGAGGACGAGGAGGAGGAGGCACCCAAGGGCAAGAGGGGCAAGGGCUCGGCGGCGACGGCGGCGGCGGCGGCGGCGGCAGAGCAGCAGCAGCGCGGCGGCAAGAAGCGGCGGGCCCCUGGCGGCGGCGGCGGCGACGGCGGCGGCGGCAAGGAGCCGGCGCGGGGCGAGAAGCGGCGCUCGCGGCCCGGGCUGGGCAGCGAGGCGCGGCGGCCGCACUUUGGUGACCUGACUGGGCCGACAGAGGAGGAAGUCUUGGAGUCGGAUGACUCAGACAAGGUCGGCUACAAAGGCGACGACGGCACCGCCGUCAAGGCAGCCGGCGCGCGGCGGCGCCACCCGCCGCCAGCGGCGCACCGCUACGAGACCGCCGCGGACGGCCACACGCGCGAGGUGCACGGCGGCAUGCUGGGGCCGGACGAGGAGGAGCUGAUUCAGAGUGACGACAGCGACAAGGUCGGCUACGCGUGA